AUGCCGAAAGUACUACGCAAAACGUACGAUCUGACACGCUCCAUCAACAAACGUCGACGCAUUAGAACCACAGGCACACCCAUGCUCGAACUACCAGCAGAGAUUCUCCUCCUUACCUUCAAAAGCAUCGAACAUCCCUACGACCAAAUAGCAUUCAUGCUCAGCUGCAAACACCUCGCCAAAAUAGGUACCGAUGUCAAGCUCAACAAGCAGAUGUUCGAUGAACAGCCUGAUUUCGGAAAGAGAAGGUUUCGAGCGUACUCUCACUCUAUGCUUGUUCGGAAGAUGUACAAGUGGGGUUUCAUCAGCAAGGAUUUGCAGUUUUGUCAAGGCUGUGUCAAGUACCUCCCGAAGAAUCGUAUCUGGAGAGAUAGCUAUGGUAUACCAUUGAAAGAUAUGGAGUAUGUGGAUUGGAUGUGGGCGAUUAAUCGGUGGAUCAGAGGAGGAGCAUUUUGUCCAACUUGCCAGGUCGGUCAUGUUGUGGAGGGGAGAGAUUGGUUACAGAGUCAGGCUGAAGGGCUUGAAGGUGGAGUCUUGGUGAGGCGAAGACUGAGGGUGAGAAGAGAGGAAAGAGCAGAACAAGGGUCAUGA